AUGAGAGGCACCAGCAUCAGAGAGGGUGCACCCAAGACCCUGUUGGCCAGGGCACUCUACGACAACCAUGCUGAUUGCUCCGACGAGCUUGCUUUCUCCAGAGGGGACAUCCUGACCAUCGUGGAACAAAAUGUGCCAGAAAGCGAGGGCUGGUGGAAGUGUCUGCUCCAUGGGAGGCAAGGCUUGGCUCCAGCCAACCGCCUCCAAGUCCUCAGAGAGACCCCUGCAGACAGACCCUGUCCCCUGCUCCUGAGAGGCUGGGACACAGAUCUCACCAGUUCUGGGGCGCCUUACCAGGGGCAGGACUUGAUCUCCCCGCCACCCCCGGGGCCUGUGUACGAACCAAUGAGGAGCUGGGUGGAGGGGCCACCGCCAGAGACUGCCCAAGUCUAUGAAUUGCCUGAGUCACCUUCCAGUGCCAGGAUCAUCUGUGAAAAGACACUGAGCUUCCCCAAGCAGGCCCUCUCUGUGCUUCCCAGACCGACGAGGGCCUCGUUGCCGACGCUCCCUUCCCAGGUGUAUGACGUGCCUGUCCAGAGGCAGGUCUUCUCGACCCUUGAGAGGCCGGAGAAGCAGCAGUUCUAUGACAUACCCACCAGCUCCCAGAAGGCUCUGCUCCCCUCCUCCACCAGCCAGGGACAGGGUGUUACACUGGCACCGACAAUGGCCUUCAGACAAGGUGGUGGCUAUAACCCGUUUUCCAGACCUCAGAAGUCAGAACGGAUUCAUGACACUCCGGUGUUGCUGGAAAAGGCCGAGGUCAGAAAUGUGUCUAUGACCAGCUUCACCAAAGAAUCAGGGUCCAGAGCCUUUCCAGCCCCCUCUGCUGUCCACAUUGGAGCUGUGGCCCUCUCCCCACAGUUGGGGAACACUGUGCAGAAAAAAAACAGCCUCCCAGAAGAACCUACCUAUGCCUUCCCGACGCCCAAUGACCCGCUGCCUUCUGAUGCAGGUGGCAGCUACAAGGUCCCUUCCAGGUUUCUCAUUCCCAGAGUGGAGCAACAGAACACCAUGCCUAACAUUUAUGACACCCCGAAAGGCAUGCGGGGUGUGUCUCUGGCUGGAAAGGAGCUGGAGAGAGGCAGAGAAGCGUCAGAGAAUUCCCCCUGGAUCUCACGACAGACAAGUUUCCUGUCUCCCGACUCGGACCGAUUAUCUGUUGCCAGCUCAGACAGCAGGGCUAGUGUGGUGUCUUCCUGCUCCUCCAUAUCCAUGGACUCCUCCUCUGGCUCCUCCUCAGAGGACUCCGUCAAGGAGCUAUGGAUGGAUGUGGACUUUGCAAAGGAGAUGGCAGUGAAUCUGCAACACAAAGUGGCCAGCUCGGCAGCGGGCCUGCUGCUCUUCGUAAGCAGGACUUGGAGGUUCAAAGAUGCCUUGGAAACCAACAUCCAUGGAAUCCGCAGGGCCGCUGACCAGGUAGAGGAAUCUGUAAGAGAAUUUCUGGAUUUUGCCCAAGGGGUUGGUGGGACCGCUUGCAGUCUCACAGACAGCUACCUUCAGGCUAGAAUUAGAGAUCAGCUCCAGGCGAUCUCUAGCUCCUACCAGACACUGCUGGAUGCCAAGGGAAACUUGGACCGCUGCAAUUGGUCCCUGGAAGUUCUCAUGACGGACAAAGUCCAAAACAGCGUGGAUGACCUGGAGAGGUUUGUCGCCGCUGCGAGGAUAGUUCCAGAAGACGUCAAGAGGUUUACCUCCAUCGUCAUUGCCAAUGGGAAGCUUCUUUUUAAACAGAACUGUGAGAAAGGAGAGAUGGACUUAAAGUGUGAGAGAUGCAUCCGGCCUCCCCAAAGAGAAACUGAGUCCUACCAAGAGAGCAGCCCCUUCAACAGACAACCGGCAACCGAACACUCCUUUGAACUCGCAAAGAAAAACAGAGUGAAUGUCUGUGGGCAGAGGUCACCCAACCUACAAGAGAAAGGAAAGCCCACCAUGGAAGGAAAGUCCGAUGGAAACCCAGACUUCCGUGGCAUGAGUCCUACCCCUCUUACCUCUCCAUCUCCUGGUGAGCAGAACACAGAGAGGAAGAUCCACCUGUCUGAGCACAGCAGGCUCUAUUUCGGAGCACUCUUCAAAGCCAUCGGCGUCUUAGCCAGCAGUCUCAGCAACGGCCAGCCCCCCGAGGUCUUCAUCACUCAGAGCAAGCUGGUCAUCACAGUUGGACAGAAACUGGUGGACACGCUGUGCAGUGAGACCCAGGAGAAAGACGAACGCAACGAGAUCCUGUGUGGCAGCAGUCACCUGUGCGGACUGCUCAAGGACCUGGCGCUGGCCACCAAAAGUGCAGUGAUCCAGUACCCGAGCCCCAGUGCCCUGAGCCUCCUCCAGUCAGAGGUGGAGAGGCUAGAGCACCACUCUCGGAAAUUCAGAGACAUGUUGGAAUGA